CACUCCUGAUAUAGCUGAGUUGUCAAAACAUCUUUAGAUUAGGUUAAUUGUAAAUAAAAUUAAAAACAAAUAAUUUUUAAACAACUGAAGGAGGCCCAACCACAAAUUUCAAUGGAAUUAAUUGACCAAUAGUUUCAAGCAUUUUUCCGAUAAAAUGGCACCGCCCCCUAUUGUCACUGGAAUAUCUCCUAAUGAGGGGCCACCAGGCACUAGAAUCAAAAUAAGAGGGGAAAACUUCGGCAAUAAACCCAACGAUUUGACAGGUUUAACCAUAUGUGGUUUUGACUGCCUGUUAUCGGCCGAAUGGAAGAGUCCCAAUAAAAUUAUUGCUAUAUCAGGGCCCAUUAAAGGUAAAGGAGAAGUAAUUGUUACAACUAGAGCAGGAGGGAUCGGAACCUGUAAUGUUACAUUCAAAGGGUACCAUGAAACUAUUGGGCCUAUGAAAGAAAGUGCAGUUUGGGUUGAAGAAGCUCCAUUGUUUUCAUGGGGUAGACAUGCCCUCUCUCCUAGUAGUUAUCAACAAGAAGAUCCAUUAGGGCUCUCUGUUGAAGGUAAUGAGAAGAAAUUUCCAGAAGAUGAUCUCAUGAAUUAUUUUCCUGGAAAAUGUGGGGAUAUUGCAUCUGAAAAUUUCUCACCUGGUUGGUUUCUUUUGGAAAACCAUCAAGCUACGUCAUUUAAUGACUUACAAGCAGGUCUACUGCAUUUACGUAGAAAAGUGGAAGCCCAAAAAGAAGGCCAACUAUCCUUUCUCAAGGCAAAUAUUGGGUCAGUUAUGGAUCAGAUUGACACACUAGUUAUAUUAGAGGAAAAAUUCAGAAAAGACUUUUCAUUAGAAAGUUAGAUUGAUUUAUUAUUUACCCUGUACCUAUUAUUUCUAUGAAUAAUUAAAAUAAAAUUCUAUAACUAUGA